ACAGGAGGGACGCGCUGCGUCUGCGCAGAAACCUGUCAGGGGGGUGGGGGGGAGGAACAUGGCGCAAGCUCUAUCUGAGGAGGAGUUUCAGCGGAUGCAGGCUCAGCUCCUGGAACUUCGGACAAACAACUAUCAGCUUUCAGAUGAACUACGCAAGAAUGGUGUUGAACUCACCAGUCUUCGACAGAAGGUCGCCUACCUGGAUAAGGAAUUCAGCAAGGCUCAGAAGGCACUGAGCAAGAGCAAGAAAGCUCAGGAAGUCGAGGGGCUGCUGAGUGAAAAUGAGAUGCUACAGGCAAAGCUGCACAGCCAGGAAGAGGACUUCCGUUUGCAGAACAGCACACUUAUGGCCGAAUUCAGCAAGCUCUGCAGCCAGAUGGAACAGCUGGAGCUGGAGAACCAGCAACUGAAGGAUGGGGCUGCCAGGGCAGGAGAUGCCCAAGCUGGGAGCCUUGUGGAUGGGGAGCUGCUGAGACUGCAGGCGGAAAACACGGCCUUGCAGAAGAAUGUGGCAGCCCUACAGGAACGCUAUGGGAAAGAGGUUGGGAAGUACUCAGCUGCCAAUGAAGGCCAAGGAGAGCCCACAGGGGACCUAUCCUCCACUGUCCUGUCCCCCAUGCCAUUGACAGAAGUGGAGCUGAAAUGGGAAAUGGAGAAGGAGGAAAAGAAAUUGCUCUGGGAGCAACUGCAAGGCCUGGAGAGCUUGAAGCAAGCGGAAACGUCCAGGCUACAGGAAGAACUUGCUAAGCUCUCCGAGAAACUGAAAAAGAAACAAGAAAGUUUUUGUCGUCUGCAGACAGAAAAGGAGACGCUAUUCAAUGACAGCAGGAACAAGAUUGAGGAGUUGCAACAGCGGAAGGAAGCUGAUCUCAAAGCCCAGUUGGCUCGAACUCAGAAGCUGCAGCAGGAACUCGAGACUGCCAAUCAGAGCUUAGCAGAACUGAGAGAUCAGCGGCAGGGAGAGCGGCUGGAGCAUGCGGCAGCUCUGCGAGCCCUACAAGAUCAGGUGUCCACCCAGAAUGCAGAUGCGCAGGAACAAGUGAAAGGUCUUUUGGCUGAGAACACUGCCUUGAGGACUAGCCUGGCUGCCCUGGAGCAGAUCCAAACAGCAAAGACCCAAGAACUGAAUAUGCUCCGGGAACAGACUGCUGAGCUGACAGCUGAGUUGCAGCAGCGGCAGAGUGAAUAUGAGGACCUCAUGGGACAGAAAGAUGACCUCAACUCCCAGCUCCAGGAGUCAUUACGGGCCAAUAGUCGGCUGCUGGAACAACUUCAAGAAAUCGGGCAGGAGAAGGAACAAUUAACCCAGGAACUCCAGGAGGCUCGGAAGAGUGCUGAUAAGCGGAAGGCCAUGCUGGAUGAGCUAGCCAUGGAGGCGCUGCAGGAGAAGUCCCAGCACAAGGAGGAGCUGGGAGCCGUCCGACUUCGGCAUGAGAAGGAGGUGCUGGGGGUACGCGCCCGCUAUGAGCGUGAGCUCCGUGAGCUGCAUGAAGACAAGAAGCGGCAGGAGGAGGAGCUCCGUGGGCAGAUCCGAGAGGAGAAGGCCCGAACACGGGAGAUGGAGAAUCUCCAACAGACAGUGGAAGAACUUCAAGCUCAGGUACACUCUAUGGAUGGAGCCAAGGGCUGGUUUGAACGGCGCUUGAAGGAGGCCGAGGAAUCUCUGCAGCAACAGCAGCAGGAACAAGAGGAAGCCCUGAAGCAGUGUCAGGAGCUGCAUGCCAGCGAGCUGAAGAGCAAGGAGGAAGAGCUACAGGGUGUUCAAGAUCAGCUCCAGCAGGCCCGAGAGGAGCGGGACUGCCAUUUGAAGACCAUCAGCAGCCUGAAGCAGGAGGUGAAGGACACAGUGGAUGGGCAGCGCAUCCUGGAGAAGAAGGGCAGUGCCGCGCUCAAGGACCUCAAGCGGCAGCUGCACCUGGAGCGGAAACGGGCGGAUAAGCUGCAAGAGCGGCUGCAGGACAUCCUCACCAACAGCAAGAGCCGCUCCGGCCUUGAGGAGCUGGUUCUCUCAGAGAUGAAUUCACCAAGCCGGACCCAGACUGGGGACAGCAGUAGUGUCUCCUCCUUCAGCUACCGGGAAAUCUUGCGAGAGAAGGAGAGCUCAACCAUUCCAGCCAGGUCCUUAUCCAGCAGCCCUCAGGCCCAGCCCCCGCGGCCAGCAGAGCUGUCAGAUGAGGAAGUGGCUGAGCUUUUUCAGCGCCUGGCAGAGACACAGCAGGAGAAAUGGAUGCUGGAGGAAAAGGUGAAGCACCUGGAGGUGAGCAGUGCCUCCAUGGCAGAGGACCUCUGCCGGAAGAGCGCCAUCAUUGAGACCUACGUCAUGGACAGCCGGAUCGAUGUGUCUGUGGCAGCAGGCCACACAGACCGCAGCGGGCUGGGCAGUGUCCUGAGAGACCUAGUGAAGCCAGGUGACGAGAACCUUCGGGAGAUGAACAAGAAGCUACAGAACAUGCUGGAGGAGCAGCUCACCAAGAAUAUGCAUCUGCACAAGGUGAAUGUGGCCUACCAGCCCGCCCAUCUUCCCAUCCAGCCACCUGCCUCCCUAGCCACACAGCCCCUAGGUCAUCUGCCAGUCCCCCACCCACUCACCGCAUUCACCAACCACUCCUUCAUCCUAUCUUCCCAUCCUCCCGUCAACUUACUAUUGUCAGUUUAGUCAUUCACUCUUCCCUGUGUCCUUGCAUCCACCUCACUCAUCCAUUCAUACACACAUCCACCCAACUCUCCCUUCAACCCACCCUACUAUUUGCCCAUCUGCUCUCUACCCAUCUAAUCAUCUGCCCCAUGUCUCCACCCAUUUCCUGACCUACCGCUCUCUCUUGCUUACCUACUCACCAAUCACCCCUUGCCAUAGCUUUUCCUCACCCAUCCAGUGAUGUGCCUGCUUACCUGUUGUCCUCUAUCUGUCCUCUGAACAGUUCAUUUGUUCACCUACUUGCCUACCAUGGAUCCCCCAUGCAUCCACCCACACAUCCACUUGCCCAUCCUGCCACCCAAAUAUUUCCCCCAUCUAUGGGGGGUCAGAAAGGAUGUAGAUCUGGCCCCUGCUUCUGAGAAGCAUGCUCACCAUUUAGUAGAAAGAAGGUGUCAAGGGCGGGGGUCAUAUCCUCCAGCACACCAUGCAUGCUAGCUUUUCCACUCCCAUAUUUAUACCCCUAGCUCCAGAGGCUCCUACUCCCUCACACACGCACCUUUCCCAAGCCCAGCUCACUGCUGGGGGCUCAAUGAGCUUCUCCAAAUACCUUCCUGUUCCAGGCUAGACAUAGCUGGGCAUUGAUUAAUAGGGUCAGAAGGAUGACACCCCAGGCUUGGGGAGGGAGCUUCCCCCGCUGCCCUCUCUGGCCCCUGAUGG